CCUUCAGGAAAGAAUGACUUUCCAAUUUUAAUUAUCAGUUCAAUUACCUUAUUGAUUGUUUUCACUAUUUUGUUAGCUUGCUCAACCUGCAUUCAAAGCUUCUCUGAAACAUAUAAGAUGUUCUACUCUGGAUAAGUUCAAGGAAGCAUUUAAGAGGGCCUUGGACGGGCAGGAGGGAUUUUCUGUGGCUGUUUCUAAGUGUACCGAGUAUUUAAUGGCUCGAUUUGACGAAGACUGUGCAGAUGCUACUAUCAAACAAGCAAACUGGGACACAUCUAAAGUAAAGGAUAAACUCAGGCGUGAAAUAGAAGCCCAUGUUGCUUCAGUUCGUUCUGACAAGAUAACUCAACAUACUGCACUUUGUAAGGAAAGGUUGGAGGAGUUGUUAUCAGGACCAGUGAAAGACCUUCUAGAACAAGCUAGUAAUGGGACUUGGCCCACAAUAAGGAAACUUCUCCAGCAAGAGACUGAAUCAGUUUCUUCUGGGAGCUGGAAUGCACAUCGUCACUUUGAUAUAGACGAACAAACCAAAGCCGAAAUACAUGCAAGUCUAGAAAAACAUGGAAGAGGUGUGGUUGAAGCUAAAGCCAGGGAAGAGGCUGGAAGGGUUCUGACGUCUAUGGUGGCCAGGUUUUCAAGAAAUUUUAGCCACGAUUCUGAUUCAAUCCAACGUGUUUGGAACCCGCGGGAAGAUAUUAGAGCAAUCGCCGAAACUGCUCGUUUUGCAUCCCUAGAGGUGCUUUCUGUUAUGGCUGCGAUCCGUUUGGAUGGUGAUGAUCCUGGUGAUCAUAUUAAAAAUAUUCUAUACCUUGCCUUACUGGGUUCCAGAAAUGCUCCUACUAAUGCUAGAGAUAGGCGUGUCACAACAGUUGACAUACUGGCCCCAAAUACUUGGGAAGAGGUUCCAUCAUCGAGAACAUUGAUCACACCCUUUCGAUGCAAACAUUUGUGGAGGCAAUUCAUAGAACAUACCGCGGAAAUUGUCUCUAAGGCCAUUGCUGAACGGGAGAGCAACAGGAGUUUCCUGGGUCUCAAUUUCUUUAGCAGACUUUUAAGGUUUGUCACCAGGUGUUUCUGCUGCUGAAAUCCGCGAGUGUUAACUUAUCAGUUUUGUUAUGAUUCCAGGUGAGGGUAAAGAGUGACAAGACAAAAUGGUGGGGUCCAGGUGAGGUCAAACCAAAUUGUAUCAUCUUAAACGAAAAGGAGAAAAAAAAAAAACCAAAUAAACUAGUUAGUAGAUCUGUUGUAUUAAAAUUCUGAAUUUUAUUUGUAUUUGUUUACUCCAAAUCUGCUAGCCUUUGUAGAUCAUGUCAAAAGAUUGUGUUAAUUGCGAGCGUGCCAUUAUUGGUAGAUAGUAAUAAACCCUAUAGUAUUAUAACAA